UGUCAAGCCCAAGUGUCGCCUCUGCUUCUGCGCCCUCGCGGGACGCCGCUGACGCCCCGAGAUUCCUACUCAGAGAGGCGUCAUGGGCUUCCAGAACUUCUCCCCCCUCCUGGCUCUCAGUAUCUUGGUACUGUACCAGGUUGGCAGCCUCCAGGCAGCGCCUUUCAGGUCUGCCUUGGAGAGUCUCCUGGACCUGGAUACAUUGAGUGAGGAGGAAGCACGCCUCCUGCUGGCUGCACUGGUGAAGGACUUUGUGCAGAUGAAAGCUAGGGAGCUGGAGCAGGAGACAGAGACAGAGGGCUCCAGCAUCACUACCCAGAAGAGAGCCUGCAACACGGCCACCUGUGUGACCCAUCGGCUGGCAGGCUUGCUGAGCAGAUCGGGGGGCAUGGUGAAGAGCAACUUCGUGCCCACUAAUGUGGGCUCCAAGACCUUCGGCCGGCGCCGCAGGGAGCUGCAGGCUGGAGCAGUUGGACAACUCCAGGAAGAAGGUCACCAUGAAGCUGAAUUCCACUUCUUUUAAUUUGCAAUGAAAGCAACUUGUAGGAAAGGCUCCAUAGAAAAUACACCUACUUGCAUCCAUCUUGAC